AAGAAGGGACCACGACACAAAGGAUCCGACACAGAGAAGAAGAUCCAAGACCAAACCGCCGUGCAUGGCAAGAGCUUUGGAAUGGCAGUUGGUUGUCGUCCCCACAAAAGCCAGAGGAGGAGUAGAAUCACCCGACGAUGUCCUGUCUUGUUUGUUGGGAGGAGAAACCGGACGCCUCCUUGGUGGCGCUCUCCACCCAGUGUUCCCAUGAGUGCUGCCGAGAAUGUGCCGUCCGAUGGAUCAAUAAGGCGGAAAGAGCCGCCUGUGAAACGUCUGUGCCCGUGUGUCCCUUUUGCCAGCAAUCCAUGAACGAGACUCAAGUGUUGGCCGUGUUGGGGCGACCAUUCCGUCCCAUCCAACCGACAGCUCACGACGACGAGUGGUUGGCGGAACACACCCAGUCAUGUCCGCACUGUGGAGUCGCCAUUCAAAAAGUGGAAGGAAGUUGCGAUUUGAUGGAAUGUUUGUGUGGGAUGCGCUUUUGCUAUGCCUGCGGUAAUCCUCAAGCUCAGUGCCCAUGCUCCACAACAGAAGCCACGCGGCAUCAUUAUUAUUGGGACAAUUGUUUUGACCGCCAAGCCAGCAGGAUGGCUCCUCCUGUCGCAUCCAAGAAGGCUGGCCAUGAUGAUGUAGACUUGCAAGGUCAUUUGGAACAGAGAAGGGAAGAAUUUGCCAGGCAGAACGACGUGACAACACUGUGGUUUGGGAUGUGCAUUGUCGCUGGUGGAUUGGUCGUGUGCCUCGGUUCACCGGAGGAUGGCCGUGACGCUGCUGCUGUCGAUGUUGAGGUACUAUUCUCUGGACGGAUAUGGCUUUCCAUCCUUCUUGCUGUAAUCUUGAGCUCUUGUCUCUCUUGUCUCUCUUGUCAAAUACGCUGAUGAUACGAUACUGUAACGAUUCGAAUAUGCCAGCAGGAAACAUCUCUCACGCCACCCCAACCGCCAACUCAACGUCCCAGAUGUAGACAGACCCCGAGCAACAACAAUCCACUGUCAAAAUGCAUGUGACUAUUCAGUUAUUUCUAGAGUGAUGAAUCACAAGAACAGGAAAUCUUUAGGAAUCGGGAGAACCUUUUCCGUGCUUGGUUUCAGAGGCAACAUCCCGUGAACGAUAGGCAUAGAAUUGGAACGAACGACCUCCCUUAGCUAAAGGCGCUUACACCAUCUCCAGUUUAACCAACCAACCACAAACGUUCUUUAGCACGGAUGUCCCCUACAUGUCUCAUUUAGACCCACCGGAUGCGCAGAAAAGGUUGCCCUGUCUGGUCACGCAGAAAGGUUGCCAAGCCUCUUUGCGGCAAGCAUGGAGAAAGUUUUGUUUAUUGUCUAUGUACUGCACCAGCCUUCAUGCAAUCAGGAACGACCAUACCACGCUGACAGCACCGCUUCCCGUCUGCUCAGCGAAGUUAAGCAUUGUCGGGCCAGGUUAGUACUACGGUGGGGGACCACGUUGGAAUCCCUGGUGUUGUUCUUUUUGCUGAACAGCUUGUUGCUUUGCUAACGUUAUGUUGCGACCAUGGAGAUGAAGCACCUACUAGUAUCCUGUGGCGGGGCCCUUUUGCUGUGGUUAGUCUAGCUAGUGAUACCGAUGGCCAGCUCAUGUUGUGUCGCUGUGUGAUGUCUCUAAUAACAUGCUACACGAACGGAGCUUUCUGCCGCGCACCCUCCCACAGUCUCGAGCAAGUGAGGGUCCUAACCCGAUGUUGAACUUCAACUCGCCACGCAUCAACAAAUCUUCCAACCAACAUCCCGACAU